GGAUAAACUACGUGUGCGAGCUGCUGCGCCAGCUGAGCCCGGCCAGCUUGUGCGACGUGGGCUGCGGCGAGGGGCGGCUGAUAUGCAGCUUGCUGCGCGGAGGCGGCGCGCCGUCGCUGCGGCGGGUCGUCGCCAACGACGUCAGCGCGCGCGCGCUGCGUCGCUGCGGCGAGAAGGUGCGCGCGGCGCUGGCGGCGCGCGCAGGCGGCGGCGCGCCGUCGGCGGAGCUGGAGUUCGAGUUGCUCUGCUCCCCAGUCUCUGAGCUGCGGCUGGCAGCAGGCUGCGAUGUCCUGACGCUGGUCGAGGUCGUGGAGCACCUCGACCCUCCCGAGCUGCAGCGGCUGGGCGCGGCGCUGCUCGGCCGGUGCGCGCCGCGCGCCCUCAUCGUCACCACGCCAAACAAGGAGUACAACCUCAACCUGAUGGUCACAUGCUCGGAGGAGGCGCGCGGAGGCGCCGCGUGCCGCGGCCGCGGCGGCGCAGGGCUGACGCUGGACGAGGUGCGGGCGCGGAGCAGGCGCGGCCAGCUCUGCAAGGGCUGCUGCACGUACACGUCUCUGCUCAGCGGCGCUCCUCCGCCGCCGCACGCGCACUACCCGCUGCGCAACAAGGACCACCGCUUCGAGUGGACGCGCGCCGAGUUCCGCGCGUGGGCGGAGGGGCUCGCCGCCGAGCACGGCUACUCCGUCCGCUUCGACGGCGUCGGCGGCGGCGCGUGGGACGAGGAGCGGCAGCCUGGCGCGCCCUGCCACGGGCCGGGGCCCUCCUCGCAGGUCGCCAUCUUUGAGCGGCCCGCGGGGCUGCGAGAGCAGAUGUGAGAGGGAGAGGGCGUGGGAGCUGGGAGAGAGGCGGCUCGUACGUAAAGCCGUACCGCCAGAACACGGGUUUUUCGCUUUACUUGUUUGUUGUAACUCUGUCUCUGACCG